GGAAUUGAACGAAUUCCUAUGGAAAAAGAACGUUAACAUCACUGCUCAAUGCCGCAGCAUAAAUUAUCACUAUUCACUAUCGGCUAAACAGCAACCGCAGUCAUUUCUGCUACCGUGUUAGAAGCAACAACAUCGACAGUAUCGUAGUGACGGUAGCUUAAAGAACAGUGAAAGCAGUAGUGAAAGCCACAAUAACCCGAUUUAACCAAAUUUAAACGACCUGUUAUUUUUGGUGGUUCACAAAAUUAAAAACGUUCCAUUUUUACUUGGAUCAGGGUUUUUGAUUGCAAACAUUUCACCGUAGAGAACACCGAGGUAUUUCGGAUGGCUUACGGCGGCGCUCUCAGCCUCACCACCACGCUUUUUAUGAUUGCUGGUUACUAUUUAGCUCUAAAAACCCAGGUUAGUGGAUAUAUUAUAUUUUUAUUUUGUUUUAUUUUUAUUUUCAAACGAGCAUGUCGAAUUAAAAAUGCAAAGUACAUACUUAGUAUAGAUUUUUAAAUAAUUAUAUAAUUUCAUUUUAACAUAACGAGGGAGGCAAACCAUUGGAACAUUUCAAAAUAAAUUAGAUUAUAAACGUGGAAUAGAAAAGAGAAUAGACUUACGAAUGUGACGUGGAGGUAUACGGAAGCUUAUUUUUUUUGAUCCUGUACUGCAUAGCAGAUAAUAAAAUCUAUAGAUACUAUAUAAAUUAAUAAUUAAUGUCACUAAAUAUUAAAAUAUUUAACAUUAGGAUAGGUAAAUUUAUAUAAUUUGUUUCUGUACACAAUAUAACAAACUUUCUUACUCGCCAACUAGACAAAAAUUAAUUACAGAAAAGAUUCUACUCUUGAUAUUUGGAACAAGAUUUCUGGUAAAAAACCAUAAUCGAAUAAAUUUAAAAUAAUGAAAUCAUUAACGCCAUAAAUUUGUCAAUUUUUCUUUUAUGUUUUUUUCUGGUUUUUUCGAAUUAUUAUGAAGACCACUUGAACAAGAAAUCUCUUCAAUGCACCAACUAGCAAUUAUUCUCCAAUAUGCAACAAAAAAUUUCUUUUGUAUUUUUUUGAUUGGAGUAAAGUUUCUGGAAAAAAGUUUUGCAGACAAAAAAAAAUUGUGUAUAAGAAAUCAAUAAUAAUAGUAAUAUCAAUAUAUUUCUGAAAUAGUAAAAACAUAUUUACAAUAAAAAAGAAAAUUUAUUUCUACAUUAUCUUAUCAUAUUUCUCGCUACUCCCAUUCAUGAUCCAUGUACCUAGCCGUUCAAAGUAAAAGAUGCUUUAUUAAUUUGUAUUUAGUAAUUAAUUUUUGAAUUAUGAUAUAAAUAGAGCAUACUAAAUCAAAAUAAAAAUAAAUUCUUCACUCAGCUCAGAAUCUUAAAAGUAAUUAUAAAUAAUUAAGCUUUAAUUAUUUUUUUAUGUUUUCGUAAAAAACUUUAAAAAAUAACUUUUUAUUUUUUUAUGUUUUAAAAAUUUAAAGAUAUUCGUUUUAUAAAGUUUAUUAUUCUGAACAUUUUGGUGAAUCAACCUUUUGUUUUCAUUAAAUUCAUGAUUUUUAAUAGUUUUUUAAAGUUCGGAGAAAAAUAGUGUAGUCAGUUCAAUUAGCUAUAACAAUAAUAAUUAAUUAGCGAAUGUGAUUACAGUCUGCUGCAUAAUUAUCAUAGGUACUUUUCUUUGAAUUUUAAAAAUUAUUGAAAAUCAUACAUUUCAUGAAAAUAAAAUGUUGAAACGUUAACAUUUUCAGAAGAACAAACUCUGAAAAAGCUAAAGCUUCAAAUUUUUCAAAGUAUACAUUACAUUACAAAAUAAUUAAAUAAAAAUGUAUCUUUUUUAGUUUUUUUACCAAAAUAUAUAAAAUUAAUUUAAAUAUAAUUGUAGCACUUAUUCCUGUGAGCAAUAAAAAAAAAAAAAACAGAAUUUGAUUUCCUUUAUUAUCUAUGGAGAUAUUACAAUGGGUGUAUUUGCAUGGGAAAACCACGAAUAUAUUAUACAUACACGAAAAAAAUGUUUAAGAUUUAUUCAUAACUGAUUUUUAAUUUCAUUAACUAAAAUAUAGAAGAUUCCAAAAAGUGAGAGAAUUAUGUCCUCUGUUAUAUUUUUUGUAUGGCUGAAUCAAUAAUAUUACAAAUUACUGUUUUAACAACAUAAAGUAAUAUUAGUUAUAUACGUACAUAAUGAAAUUAACGGUUUACUAAUAAUGGUGACCCAUAGUUUGUAAUAUUUUAAUAAAUUUAUACCACAAUCGUUGAAAAUUUAAAACAUUAUUAAUAUAGGAUAAGAAGAUAAUUUUUUUGUAAUGUUUAAAUUGAAAUAUAGUAACUUAAGUGACUCUUAUAAUAGAUUUUCUUGAAAAAUAAAAUAUGCAAACCUAUGCGAUGCAUGUCCGUGUAUAAUAUAAUUUAAAAAAAUGGAACAAAUAUUGAAUAAUUAUAAGUUAUUAUUGUAUGUUACAUAUAAAUGUGGAUUAUAUAUUUAUAAUAAUUAAUUGCUAAUGCCUAUAUACAUAUAUUUUUUUAUAAUUAUAAAAUGUUCAUAUUACACAAUACCUACAUACUUGGAACUAUAAAUAUCUAAUUCAUAAAGUGCGGUAAUAUAAAAUGCUUAAAAUAAAUUAUGUUGUUCGUUCGUGUAUUCUCAAGUCGAACAUUGUUUAUAAACAUCAAUUAUCCAUUAUUUGAAGAAGGUAUGUCAGUAUUCAGCAAGUAAAGUAGAAUAACAUAUUAUUAUUUUCAUUUAAUCAUCAGAAUUAUAAUUAUUAAUACAGUUUUUGAAUAGAUAAAAAUGUUUUUCUCUUAUUUUCUAUAAAUCGUAAAUAAUUUUGACAUUUCGACAUUUUUUCCUUAACGAGUAUAUUUAUUAUGUUUAUUUAGAUAUCACAUAUGGAAUUUAUAUUAAGAAAAGUUUUGAAUAAGUUAUGCUAUACUUGAUUUGUUUAUCAGAGAGAUAGGUAAUGGGUUUACAGUUAACUGUUUACUUAACUCUCUGUUAUAGGCUGUAACCUAAUAUAGAGAUUUUCUUAGUUUUUAUAACGUAAUAUAUCUCUAUUCAUAAUUAUUAUUUAAAAUAACAAUCACGAUAAUAUUUUAUUAAUACAUAAGAAUAAUAGUGAUAAAAAUCAAAAUGUUUAAUAUUCUAUGCCGAGGUACCGCUUGAGUAAUGACUGUAAAUAUUAUCAAUCAAUUUUAGUUUGUUUUAUUUUUAUAAAAAUCAACUUUAUCAUAAUUAUUUAAUUUUAUUAUUUUACUAUCUAGCAUAGAGGCUUUUGAUAUAUUUAUAUAGCACUUUUACAAACAAAAAAAAAAACAUACGUCACACAAUAGGUGGCUACUGUUGUAGGUGAAAAGUUGAAAAGGUAGGAUAUAGAGGAUAUAUAUCAAAGGAUAUAGAGAUUACAUUAUGAAAGCUGCUAAAAAAAAAAAAAUAAAAAUACCUCCCUAAAGUACCGCCUAGAUAAAAUUUCUUUUCAGAAAAAAUACUACACUUGAAAACGAGAGCAAGAUUUCUGGUAGAAAAGUUGUUCACAGAUAAAAAAAAAAAAAGAAAAACAAUUUUAUUGUAAAACCAAUACAUUCCUCACUAUGCUCCGAAUCUAAAAAAAAAAAACAAAUAUAUGGUCACUUAAUAUUAGUCAUAAAAAUCAUUGUAAACAAAACAUAUAUCGCUGUAGGUUGUACCUUGUUUUUUAUUUUUUUAUUUUUUUUGUUUUUAUUUUGUGUCUAACUAAAACAAGACCAAGGGCAUGGAAUUGUUAUUGUUUAAACUUAAAAAGUUCAAACUUUCAAUCGGAUAAAUAGUAUAAUAUUUAACUACAUAUAUUGAUUUAAAUAUAUAAUAUUUUUACUAUUAAUGGUUUAAACAUUCAAGAUUGAAGAUAUUUUAUUAAAAUCGAUUACAAUUAAAGUAAAUUAGUUCUAAAUCAACCUAAAAAUAAAAUAAAUCUUAGAAACAAUUCAAUAUUUUUUUUAUUUAUCUAAAAACCUAGAUGAAAGUGUAAGGAAAAAUAGGGUAAACGUUUUUCGAAUUUCCCACUGUAGUGACACAUUUUUCACUCAAAAUUUAUAUUCCCUUUAUACAAUUACCAUUUCUGAAUUCCUCUCAUUUUCAAAUUGUUUUUAAAUUUCAUUAUUUAACACUAUAAUAAGUUAUUUCAAUUUCUGUAUCAUAAUAUUAUAAUAAUUAUUUUAGAAUGGCAUUGGCCUGAAUGUGUAGCAAUAAAUGACAACAGUCAAUGAAAAUAAGUACCUAAUAUCAAAUCCAUGUCCAUAUUAUUGUUUAUUCGAAUUGGGUGAUUAAUACUUCAUGAUAGUAAAACUAUAUACAAAAUACUUAUUUAAAAAAUAAUGAUAAUGUAAAGGUUAUAAUAUGUUUUCAAAUGGUAACGUCUAUUAAAAAUUCCAUAAAUAGAUGGAGUUUAAAUGUAUUUUGGUGUUAUUAGGACCUGUUGGGCGAUUUUGGCUAAUCGUGUAGCUCAUUGUGGUUUCUGACCUUUUCCCCGAAUUUCUAAACAGCAUUUUUUCCGAAUGGAAUACUUCCGAAAUUGUAAAUUUCCCAAAUAUAUUUUUUUACCCAACAUAUUUCCCGAUUAUUAUUACUUCCCGAUAUAUUUAACCCCAAAAAAAAAAAAAAAAAACAUUUGUAUUGAUGUACAUUAUUAUUAUAUAAAUCAUUAACAUAUAGCAUUAACUUAUAGCAACGUUUAUACGUAUAUAUUCUGUUUGUAAAUAAUUUUAUCCCAGUGACAUUGAAGUAGGUUGGAAGUUUCCUCCUGGUUCAAAGCACAUGGAGACAUCGGAUAAACAUAUCAUUUUGCCUUUCCCUCAAUAAAAUAUAGACAAAACUUUAUAACUAACAAAAACAAAUAUUUAAGUUUAAUUUUCAUUAAUAAUAUUUAUUCAUAACACGAGGGAUUUAUUUAACCCUUCAUAAAUAAAUACAUUUGGGAAAAAUUUAAAAUAAACACUAUUUCAUUAUUUUAUAACAUAACUAAUAGUAUGGUUUAAAAAAACCAGUCGAAAUUAUAUACCGGUAAUCGUUUAAUUUACAGUCAAAGAUCGCCAAACAUGUUUAAGACUUAGAAACCAAAAUUAUAGUUUGAAUUUAGUAACUAGACACCACCAUUAAAACACCCUAUAAUUUAUAAUUAUAGUUCAUGGUGUAAAAUGUAAUUUUGAUAACUAGGGAUGGAGAACAAUGAUAAAUCAGGUAUAAUUUUUAUAAUCAGUGAGCCUCUCAUAAAACGUAAUGCAUACACUAUACGUAACACCAUAAAUUACAUUAAUAUAACUUUCAUACAUACUUCACAACAUCGUAAUAUUUCGAUUUAUACGUACAAUGUAUAAUAUCUACUAUAUUCAUACCUCGUAAUAUAUAUUUAGUUUAUAUAGUCCACAUUGAAAACGUGUUAUUAUGCUAAUAACAAGAUUUGAUAAAAACGUGUACUGCAAUUAAAAUGAAAUGCUUUCUACAGGUGUGUUCACAACUCAUGCCAGUGUCUUAUAAAAUACUAUUUUCUAAUUAGCUCAUCAAACAAUUAUACAUGUUUUAAAGGGCUGCCGUAUUUACGAUUUUCGUAAAACUUUGAUAUUAAAAUUUCUUAUAAAAAAAAACGAAUGCAUUAAGCCCAAUUUAUUUUUUAGACUACUAAGUUCAACUUAUAAUGUACCUUGUGUUAAACUUUAAAGCAUUUAUCUUAAAACAUAUAAUUUUAAUAAUAGAUACCUGCCAAAUAAAAAUACACAUAUAAAUACGAAAAUAUCAAAUAUCUAUAAAUAGCCUUAAAAUAGCUAUAACGUUUUGAAAAUUUUAUUAUAUCUACAAUAGGCCAAUAUACAGGCUGUCCCGCGAAGAUAUAUCCAUUUAAUAUCUCAGGAGGUAUUAAAGAUAAUAAAAUUCUGAUUUUUUUAUAUUAUUCACAGAGAUGAGGACUAGAAAUAUUUAUUUUUGGAAUACAUUUUUUUUUUAAUAAACUAAUUUAAAAAAUUAACUUUUUAUUUUAUUAUUUUUGGAAAAUUUUAAGACAGCCAUUCUGUAGAGUUUAUUUUUCAAAAAAUUUUAAUGGAUCACACAUUUUUAUCCGAUGAAUAGUUUCUAAGUAACAGCUGUUUUAAUUUCUACUAAUUCAUGUGAAAACCGAUAUUAUCGCGUAAAGGUUACGUACUGCCACAGCGGUAGGGGCGUACCGAAGAGGUUUUUAUUGUGGGGCCAAAGUUAGUAGUUUGGCCAACUCUAAAAAUUGAUCCGAACAACUUGUUUUUGUUAUUUUGUCCAAACCAUUUUAUCGUUAUAGUUAAAAUGUUUUAAUUAUAUAAGUGAAUUAAAAAUUCAAGCUAUAAUACUAAUAGAUUAUAAAAAUACCCAUUACCAUUAAUUAUAAAAAUGUGCAAUAAAAUAAUAAAUACUUAAUAAUAAAAUAUAUAAUUUAAUAUUUUAAUAGAUGGCGCUAGGGCUUGUAGGAAUAAUUAUUAAUGUUUUUGAUUUUGAAUCUUCAUGUAUACAGUUACAAUUUAUUAUGGUAAAAUAUUUAUUUUUAAAAUGGCACAGUAAAAUGCUUUCAUGGUGAAAUAACAAUAGCUUAUUGUGUGUACCACUAAAAAAAAAAACCUCGGUACGUCCCUCAAUAUAAUAUAUUAUCUAUUGGACACUAUAUCUACAAAAUCUUUUUCAGAAGAAAGCAACAUUACAUUGUUUAACCAAAAGUCUUCUUGGGUUGUUCUUGAAUGGUUUUUAAAUAAUUUCAAUUUGCUAAAUGACCUUUCAUUGCCAGCAACGGUUACAGGUGCUGUACACGAUAAAUGGCAUAAUAGAUUGGCCAAAUGACAAAGUAGUUUUCAAAUUAUUAAAUUAGACAAAAUAAAUAAUUUAAUACGACCAUUAAUAUUACGAAGUAUAAUUUAUUAUCUACAUAUAUAUAAAAUAACAUGUCCUUACUGAAAAACGAAUUCAUCAUCGCCUAGCUCAAAUCACUAGACGAAUUGGGCUGAAAUUUGACAUACAGAUAGCUUUUAUGACGUAGGCAAUCGCUAAGAAAAGAUUUUUGAAAAUUCAAACUCUAAGGGGUAAAAUAGGGGUUUUUAGGUAUAUUUUAUAGGAAUAUCUAAUUACUUAUUUAUUUAUUUUUGUUUAUUCAAGGGUUACCUUGGUGUUACGGGUGAUACUUUGGUAGCCACGGAAAAGAAAACUAUUAUAAUUAUUAUUAUUACUAUUAUUUAUACUAUUCAAUUUUUAUGUAGUCAAAAAAGCGGAAUUUCAAUUGACACAAGUAACACUAAUUAUUUUUUCAUAAUUAUAUAUAAUUUUUUGACUGGCACGGCAGCGUUUGCCGGUUUGGAUGUAUCGUUUGUGUAUUCGCCACAAACAUUUUGUGUUACGUGCAAACUAAAUAAAAUGUACAGUAAAUCAGACAACUCGCAUCACAUAAUAAUUUUGAUUACAACACUGAGUCAUGUAAUCUUAAUUACAAUUCGUCACAAUAUUAUACACACUGCUUACAAAAUAUCUCUAUAAUUUUGAAAUCCAUCAGUUGUAGCAUAUAUCUUACAUAAAUAACACAACAUACUGUUUGAAAAAUAAAAUUCUAGUUUGGCAAGGUAUAGUUGAAUGAACUAAUAGUGGUCGCCCGUCCAAGACUUCUGAUGACAAAUUCAAAUGAAUUUCGGUUCAAAUUUUUGUUUUUCAAAUUUCAUUUAAAUAACUUUUUAUUUUAAAAUAGGUACAUUUAAAAAUUGUUUUCCGAUUAUCGGAUUAUCGUUGUAUGUAUUUAUUACUCAUUUAGUUAGUAGGUAUCGUGCUAACUAUCAUCGGCGCUCAUGUGCAAUAAUAUUAUUGACACUCCUAUUAGAAAUAUAUAUUUAAAUCUCUACAAUAAUCGAUCAUAAGUAAAUUUUUAAAAUAUCUCUCGUUGUCAAACGAUAAUGCUUUUCGUUAUACAAGUCGAAUCGGAAACCACUUCUUAAAAGAACGAGAUCGCAUACGUGUACGUAUAGUUAAAGAAAAAAAGAACCAGAGUAUACUAUUAAAAAGGUAUAGGUAUAACCUUGUUAGCGCUUACAUCAUUUACUAUAUUAUUUUACUUUCCUUUUCUGAACUAUACCAUGGUACCUAUAUCGCAGUAUUUUUAUAAAAAAUAAAAAAAACUGAUGAUUAAUAAUAGGUCAUUUUUAUUUAUUUAUGAUUUGUUUUUAUUUUAUUUGAUGUUUAUAAUUUUAAAUAUAAUCAUUUAAGUUUUAACUGAACUUCUCUCAGAAUCGUUGUUCAUUAGCAUUGAUUUUCUUUAUGUAUAGAUAAUACCAAAUAUAGAUAAUGUACAUUUUUACAAAUUUGUUAUAUAUUAAAGUAUUAAUUUAUUAUAUAAAUAUUUAUUGGGUAAUUAAUAUUAAGUUAUAAUAUACUGUGUAGAAGUAUAGUAGAUACCUAAAAAUAUUUAAGUAUUAAUGAUUAUAGUAGGCGUUCGAUUAAGAUAAUAUUUGUAUUUUUUCAUUUUUCAUUUUAGUCGUCCACGCUGUUCUGUAAAGAUGGAGAUUUUAAACAAUUUCUGAUUAAAAAUGUACCUGUUGUCAGAGAAAAAUAUUUACCUUCAAUCUUUUGUUUCAAUGGAUAUGUACACACAGCGGUUGCUAUCCUAUUCAGAGGCAUCACUUUACCUAUCGAUACGGUAAAUUAUGAAAGGUAAUGUUUUUCUGGUGUAUAAUUGUGCCUUGUUAGUACCUAUAUUAUAAGAGGGUCAUUUCUUGAUUUAUUUUAUUUAUAUACAUUGUGUUUACUAAAAAAUAAACGUACAUGUUUUAUUAUUUGAAUAGUUAUUUUCCGUUAAAAUGUUUAUAAAUUUGCGUUUUAUACAUGGUUUUAGUUUAAUAUUUUAUAAUAUUCUACAGGGAAAACCUGAUGUUAAACGAUGGCGGCGAAGUUGCUAUAGAUUGGCGAUAUCCAAAAUCUGAUGGACCACAUAGUUUAAUCACAGUGGUCAUACUACCAGGGAUCACUGGCGAUAGUCAGGUUGAAUACGUCAGGGAAACAGUGAAUGAACUAUUCGAAAAUGGCUAUUGUUCUGUAGUUUUUAAUUACAGAGGCCGAGGAGGUAUGCGACUUAAGGUAAAAUAAACAUAUUCCACAUUUAUAAAUAACAAUAAAAUUAUUAUUUAUUAGCUCUUCCACACAGAUUUAAAAAAUUUGAUUUUAUUUAUCUAAAUUAAUUUUUUAAAAUAUAAUAUUUUAAGAAAUUAAAUCGAGUUUCCCCGCUACUCUUCGUUUCCACCCCAAUCUCUAUUACAGUUGACUAUUGUUGCUCGAUAAUGUAUUUUAGAUUCUAAACGAAGCGUGGAAUAAAUGUGUUUUACAAUUAUGAUUUUUUUUUUCUGUGAUCAACUUUUCUACCAGAUAUUUUGCUUUGAAUUUCAAGUGUAGCACUAUUUCUGAAAGAAAAUUUUCUCAUGGUAGUACUUUAAUGAGGUUAUUUUAUGAUUUUCUCAGGAGUUUCUCAUAAUAAAUGGGAAAAACGGUAAAAUGUAUGAAAAGUAUUAUUUUCAAAUUGUAAAUAUUACGGCCUUUCAAAAUAUGAACUAAAUUCCGUUUAGAAUCGUUAUUUUUUAGUAAUAAUUAAUCUUUGCGUACAGAUAUACAUUAAAUUUCCCCUCUACCUUCUCAACUUCUCACUUACAACAAUGGCCCACCCAUCGUGCGAAGUAUAUCCGUUUGUUUUUUUAACUAUAGUUAUAAAUCGCUGCUUUUAAAAUGAACGCUACCCAUCGAAUAGUGAUUAUUUUUCAUUUAAUUAAGAUUUAUUAUAAUAACUGUUGAUUCUGUCUAUGUAACCGUGUUCAUAAUAUUGAAAACCCCUAAAAAAAUGAGAGAAAUAUGGGGAAAAUACAUUUAACAAAAAAAUUACAGUUUAAGUUUUUGAUAACAAAUUAUAAUACUACAGAUCAUGAUAAAGUCGAUUUUGUCACACUGCAUACUACAGUAGGUUACGCUAUACAAAUAAAGACAAAUUUUUCUUACGAACGUGUUCCUGACUUAAUAAAGUGUAGGGAAACGCUAAAAUCUGUGAUAUCCGCUGAUCUCAAUCCACUUCACUUACGCUCCUCUUCAAUUUAAGCACUAGGGAAGGUGUUUUCUUGGAUUUUAUAAAAUUUAUAUAUAUUAUGUAUUAUUUUAUUUUAUACUCUAUAUGAUAUAAAUAAACAAAUACAUAGACAGACACUUCCUUUUAUUGACAAAGAUUUAUAAUAUUAUUUAUUAAUUAACUUGCGUAUUAUACAAAAAUAGAUAUAUAUUCAGAACUCCAAUAGAUAUUAUGUCUAUUAAAAUAUAAAUAUAUUACGUUAGCAUAGUUAAAAAUUUGGGAGUAAUUAAAUGACGUACAUUUUAUAAUUUUAUAGACUUGAUAGGAGCUUUUAGCAAUCAAUUACUGAUGUCAAAUAUCUUAAUGACUAUAAAGCAAAUUUGUAUACUAGAAUGAAUAUGUAUUUAUUCGGUCUGCUUAAGUUUUGGGCCUUGGAGAAAGACUAUUCGUAUUUAUUAUAAGUUGUGAAUCAUGCAAAUACUAUAAUUAGUUUCAAAGUACCUAUACUUAAAUUAUAUACACAUGUAAAUGUUUACGUACUCAAUUAAAGUUGUGCAUCGAUAAAAUACGAUUAAAUAACAUAUUAAAAACUCAAAAUGAACAAGUAUCAACCCAUUUCAUUCAUCUACUUCGUGAUUCAAUGAUUCAACAUAUUUAACGUAUUUCGACAGACUGCCCGUGCGUACUCGGCGAACAACAUCGAAGACCUCACGGAAGUGCUAAAACACGUCAAGUCCAAAAGGCCGAAUAGUCCAAUUGCUGCAAUAGGAUUCUCAAUGGGAGGGUAAAUUGUCUUUGUGUAUUUCCACAACUUUGAUUGUAGUACACAUUAUAAUAUAUAAAUAAUCGAGACCAAACGUACCAAUGAUAAAUGGUUAUCGCUGAAUAGCCCUAUCGCUGAAUUUGUUUAAAUUACAUUAUAUGUAUAACAUAGGUGGUUAUUUAUAUUACUUAAUCUUGAUUAAUGAUUUGAAAUUUCUUUGUGAUUAUGUCGUAUUUUAGAGAAUUUCAAAGAUUAUAUUUUUCUUCUACAGCAGCAUGACGUAUUGGUGUACAAUCCAUUAGAGGAGAUUUCUAGGCCUGGUUAAUUACUUCUUGAAUUAUAUUUUUAUUUAUUUAUUGUUAUUAGAUAGAUGUAUCAAUGUAUAGUUGUUAAUCAUGUAGUUUAAAAGAACUGGGGGAACAGAAAUGUAAUCCAUAAAUGAAAAAUAAUAUCGUCUAAAUGGUGGUCAUUUUAUCCGUCACUGAUACUACAAUACAUUAUGCACUUACGCCAUUAUAAUAUACGUACUGUAUACUUAUAUAUUUUUCUAACAAUUAAUACAUACUAUAUUUCGAAAUUAAAAAUGACACAUAAGUAAAACUAAUUUAUUUAUCAUGAAUAACAAAUUGUUAGUAUCUUUACAGAUACUCAGAUAUCACUCGAGUAAACUUUAAUAUCGUUAAUCGUUGCUUAUAGCAUAUUGUUGGGAAACUUCUUGAUGUCCAAUGAACAAGCAGACAAAAAAUAUAUAGCAUCAGGCGUACUGAUUUCAUUGCCAUGGAAUGUAACGCAGGCCAGUCAUAACGCAGAAUCCUCUUGGCUAAUGCUACAAAUGAGUGAAAAUCUAUCGUAUCAUUUGCGUAGUGUCAUUGACAAGUGAGUGAUUUUGACUACUGAUAAAUUAAUAUUUAUUCAAGUAGAUAGGUAAGUAUGUAAUUACAAUUCAGAAUAGAAACGUUAAAAAUUCAGUUAAAAUCCUUUAAAUAAUAACUAGUGUCCAAACCAUAAAAAUAUUAAAUUCGAAGAUUAUUUUUAAACUUAUGUUUGGGUAGUAGUUUCUUUAGUUUAGUUACUAAUAUAGACAUGAUUUGUGCCUUCCGGUUGUUUCAUGUACAAUAGGUUUAGACAAUUAUUUUUUCAUCCAAAAAAUAAGAUACUUGUAAAAAAACCGAAUAGUUUUCGUUUUAAAUGGAAAUUGUUAUUAUUAUUUUGUAUUUCAAAUUCUGAAGUAGAAUACCUAUAUUUUUAAAGUUUUAGUUGUGUAAAAAUAAUACAUUUUGAGACAACUAUUUAGGUGCAUCAAGUUGGUACAGGCACAUUAUGCCAGGCUUAUAAAACUUAUAUCGAAAAAUUGCUAGGAAUUUUUGAACAUCAGAGCCGAUCAGAAAAUAUGCUGGUACUAACUUAACCCAGCACCGGACAAUUUAAAUUUUGAUUUACAACGUUUUGGAAGACCAGCAAAUUCUGAAAAUAUCAUAGCAAAAUUUAGCAAAUUCCUAGCAAUUUUUGUGAUAUAAGUUUUAUAGGUCUAAUAUAAUGUACCGGUGCCAACUUGAUGGACAUCAACUAUUUAUUAUUUAUACAUAUGCAUAAUUUGAAAAGUGUGGCAAAUGUGUCAAACUAAGGAAAUAAUUAAACAUCAUAUUUUUAAUAAACUUAUCAUGUACCCAUAUCGUAUUAUUAUACCUAUACACAAUGACACAACUGGAUAAAAAUCUAGGGGGUAAAACGAUUUAUCCAAUAUAAUCAAAACCCUCUCCCCCAUCCGGUUUAAAUAUAUUUUCAUUAUAUAAUAUAUAUAUUGUAUACAAUAUACCUAAUUGUUUGUUUCUAUACAAAUCUUAAAACUCACGUAUUAUGGUUUAGAAACAAAUUGUAGGUAGCAGGUACUAAGUACCCAUAUUGCUAAAUAAUAUUAAAUACUUACCCAUAAAAGUUUAUUAUGGGUAUAUCUAUAAAAAAGGUGUUGUUAGUAGUUUUAAAAAGUAAAUAGUUUAAAUAUUGUUUAUUUAUUUGGUGAAUAUAUUGCAUUCUCUCUUAAUUUCAGGAGAUUCGAAGUUUUGUACUGUUGGGUAAACUAUGUAUUGAAUCAAUAUAAUUUAAUAUUAAAUAAAAUUUAUAUAAUAUUGCUACAGUAGGUAAAAAAAUACGUUAACAAUUAAACAUUAUAAUUGCUAAUUCCCGAUGUUACAAACAUUCCGAUCAUACAAAAUAUUAAUACUGCCGUCCAAAAAAAAAAAAAAAACGUCGUAAAUCGAAAAAAAAAUGAGAUUAUACUAGAGAAACGUGCAAAAUCAUAAUAUUAAACAUAAUAUAGUAUAACCACAUUUUUUUUUCGAUUUAUGGCGGUUUUUUUUAGGACGGCAAAAUACAUAUACAUUUCUAAAUAGUAUAAUGAUUAGCAAUAAUACUUAAAAGUUAAUAAUAACUAAAAGUUUACAACGUAAUAAAAAAUUAUUUUAUAUUUGUAUACAACAAUAAACCAUUACUAACAAUCAACGAGAAGUUCGGUUAUACAUGUUUGAAAUCUGAUUUUAGAUUCUGAGUGAAGCGAAGAAGCUUAUAGUUUUACAAAGAUGUUUAUUUUUUUUUUAUCUGUGCUCAAAUUUUUUACCAGAAGACUUGUUCGGAUUUCUACGUGUAUCACCUUUUCUGAAAGGAAUCGGCGUGGGGAGGUACUUUAAGCAGGUCAUUUUUCGAUUUUCUCAGGAGUUUUCUCAUCAAAUUUGAAAAACCGAAAAAAAAACGUGGUGAAGUACAACAUAAAAAUAAAUUACUUUUAUAUUUCAUAUUGAUAUAAGUACUUAUACCUACUAUAUUAUUUAUAAUUAAUGAAAAUUGUUGAUUGUAUCAUUUUAGGAACAAAGAUGUAAUUUUCAAUCAAAAGAAUAACUAUUCGUUGAAUUACAACCGUAUUAAACAGGUACAAAACCAAAAUGUAAAUUUAUUCUAUGUCCUUUAUAUAUGUAGGUUAUGAUGGUAAUUAUAUUAUACAUCAUAAACAAUGUUUUAUGGUUUAUAAAUAUUAAUCGUCACAAUCUUUAUGAACAAUUAUUUAAAUAAUAUUUCUUAAGAACGUAUAAAUAAUUAAUUUAAGUAAAAUUUAUAAACAUAAAUACAGUAAGUUGUUUUCAUUAAUUUCUACAAAACAAUAACCCUCCCACAGUUUGUUAAAAAAAAAUAUUCAAUGAUAUUACAUGCUAAUUUUUAUCGCCAACAGAUUGAUGAAAAUUAUAAUAUCAACACUUAAUUUAGUGAUUUCAGAUUAAAUUAACUCGCGUGUCUGUAAAAUCUGCACAGUGCGCAUUAUUAAAUUAGCACCCUGCAUACGGGAAAGUUUUGCAUAAAUAUGGCUGGUAGUGCCCAGUACUGUAUCUUAUUGUUUUAAUCAUUAUACAGUUUAGCGAUCUCCCGGCAUGCGACGUUACGAAACCAUCAAUAAAAAUAUUAUUAGCUAUUACUAUUAUGGUCCACCGUAACAUAAUAAUAUAUAAUAAUUAAUAAGAAAUAACAUAUUGGAUACUAUUGAUUUAUGGUUAGACUAGCUGAAUUACCCGGUAUUUCUCCGCAUCAAACCUAUCAACAACAGAAAUUAAUAAAAAAAGAUAUUUAAUUUAACGUGUCUCUCCGUUUCUGAUCUUAUCCCUAUCACAAUUAAUCGUAGUUGUCUACUAAUGUGUCUUUUGAAAAAGGUACUUCCAUUAAGGAAGUAUCCUUUUUAAUUUAUAACUUCAAAAAUGACAUUUUCAUGCAAAAUUGCAUCCCCUAUUUUACCCCAUUGGGAGUGAAAUUUUGAAAAAUCAAUUCUUAGUGGCAUACUUAUAGUAAAACAGGUACUUAUUGUCAAAAUGUCAAGUAUCUAAUCUCAGCGGAUUAAGCUGUGCGUUAAUAGAUCAGUCAGUCAGUCAGUUUCUCCUUUUAUUUUUACAAAUUAUAUUAACCUAUAACUUACAAUAUUAAAAUAAAAAUGUAUAUCCGAUAUCCCUAUGUUUUAUUUUAUGGCUAAGUUUUGGUUUUUGAACGAAUGAGCACAGUAGUAUGCGUAAAAAAUCACUUCUUAUAAUAAUAACAAUUUAUAGUCAUGUUAAAUGCUCGGAACUUUAAUAAUACGCUUCGUGGAUAUUAAUUAUAAAAUAAUUUAUGUAGAUAUGACCAUAAAUUCGAUUCUAAUUUUUCCUCUGAAUUAAAAUUGGCACGUAUGACUCAAAUACUUUGAUUUGAUAAGGUUUAUUUUUAUUUCAAACCAAAUUAUUGUAGUACGCCCAUUUUCUAGAACAAAUCCCAAAUAUGUUGUAAGUCGUAGAACCUAUUCACGCGUUAUUAAUUAUUAUACAUUUAUAACUACUAUUAAUAACUAGUAGUAAAACUACUACUAAUUUACUAUGUGUUAUAUAAAUAUAAAAACACCAAACAAGAACAUGGUGAUAUAAUAUUUUAUUAUCACAAUAAUCUGUAAACGUGAAUAUCUUAUUUAUUGUCUUAUUUAUUUAUGUCUUAUUUAUCUUAAUCUUCAUAGUCAUUAUCGAAAUUGUCUCAUACAAGUGAGAUCAGGUCAAGUCACCUACUACUCAUACGAGUCAUACGUACUCUUAUUUUCACAUCUCCAAAUAUUUCUUUCAAUCUACUCCAUAAUAUGUUCCCAUAAACUCUGCCUUUGGUUAUCACAUAGCUGGCUUAAACAUAUUGCAGAGCAACACAGUUCGACAGUUUGACACGGAGUACACGAUCAAGAUUUUCAACUAUACAGACGUGUAUCAGUAUUACAAGGACGCGACUUUAAAUGGCAAACUGCAGAGGAUCAAGGUGCCGUGUUUGGGACUGAGUGCAGCUGACGACCCUUUUCUGUAUUUCAAAGGUACUUAUUUAGCAUAAGGACUCGGAAUCCACUACCGAUGAAAUCCGGAUUUUUAUUUUCGAAAUUUGAAUAAGCGUUUUUCUUUAGCAAUGGUUUAUUAUUGCAUACAUACAAAUAUUAAUUAAAUAUCUUUAUGUAUCCAAUACGUUCCCAACUUCCCACCUAAAUCAGUGGUGUACCCAUCAGCAGGAUCAACUCUUUUUUUUUUCAUAUUUCUCUUCACCUAUUUUCUUCUUUAUGUGCUCAGCUCUACUCCAACUAAUUUUUCUGAAUCCUGAUUUUACGAUUUUUCAUUUAUUCUUUUAUUUUGUAUUCUAAAAUAUUAUGUUUAUAAUAUUAGUUAUGAUAUUGGUUAUCCGGUUAUUAUGGAUAUAUCGGUUAAUAUACUUGUACUAGCAAUACCUGCAGUACUAGUCCUUAGUAGUAGUAGUACUUUAUUCGAAUUACGGAUAUCGAUGAGUGCAUGCGUAUAUUUUUUUGGAUUUUUUGAUAUUCGAGUAACCUUUCCUCCCUGAAUCCAAAUUAAAUUGAAUAUUUACAAUAUGUAGUAACUCAAAAAAGUAAUUACCAAAUUUUAAAUACAUAAAACAAAUAUUUUCACUUUAUAUGGUAGCACAAAGAAUAAAUAAUUUUUAAAUAUACGCAAAGAUUAAGGAGCCGAUAUAUAAGUGAUAAUAAUUUAGGGAGGUAAAAAUUUCUAGAGGCGAAAAAGAGGUAAUCAGCUUAAUAAUUAUGUCACUACUUUUCUCCUGAUGUUUGAAAGGAUUCAGAGUCGUGAACCUGAGAAUAGUGACGAGAUCAAUAAAUUAGAAAUAUAAUAUUGUUUUAUACCUGCUCGCUGUGUUGGAACACUAGACUAUAUACCUGUAGAUAUCCUCACGUGAUCCUGCAGAAGUCGUUGCACGGUAGUCACAAUUCAAUUAAAAUAUCCUAAGUUAUAAACCUAUAAGUAUUCAACACUUUGAAACUGCGUGCACUUAAAUAACGAACAUUAAUAUUUAAAUUAGGAAAACAAAAGGUUAAAUAAUAAUAAUUUAAUUUUUUUUUUCCUUUUGUUUAAAAAGAAUUAAUAAUAAAGAAAUCAAACACGAGUGAUUAGUUGCUAAAAGUCGGAGCUAUUCGAGAGGGAUUUUCAAAAGGAGUUGGUGCAUACUUGUUAAGUACAAGGUUCUCGACAAAGUGGUCGUCUUGGAAUUUGUCGAGCGGUCAAGACACUCGAGUAUCUGUGAAAAAACCGUUAUAUUUGAUUUUUAUAAUUAUGAGGGUACCUAGUGUAGGAGUGUGACAACAAAAGUGCCAUUAACAGAUGUCUUAUAACUCUAUUUUUAUUUGACUCGUAAUGAAAUAUUUCUAAUGAAAGUAAUAAAUGGGAUAUAGAUUCUUCUCGAACAAUGAGAAAACCGUUAUUAUUUGAGGCCUUCGCGUUGGUGUCGAUAAAAGAUAACUAAUAUUAUAAUUAUAUUUAUUAGAAUAUUGUAUGGAAAUUAUAAUAAUAUUCAAAGUACGACUGUGGUGGCAGCGUGGCAGUGUCCUCGAAGGGUUCAAUCGGAUGUCGUAAAUUUCUUCUAUAUUUGACCCAUUUUUAAAUAUUUUGUUUAUAUAGAAUAUAAUAUGUGUCCCUCUCGAACAGCGAAUGCUCCGUUAUAUUUAUUAAAUUAUUAACUUUUUAAUUAGAGAAUACCAAGUACUCAGCCGCAUUAGAAUCGUUUAGUCACACUGUUAUAAAUAAUAAAUUGUACAUGUUAUGUGCGCAUAACAUUACAAUAUUUAAUUUAUGAUAGUAUUUAGUAGACACACUGUGACAGCUUUAAUAUGCAUUAUAUAACAAAUAAUUGACAAGUUUAUCCGUUUUACGUAGACAUACCCACGGGCGAAGCAGACGAACGCAGCAACGUGGCCAUACUGGUGACUUCGGCCGGGGGUCACGUCGGCUAUCUGGAUACGUUUUGGCCGUUUGUUAUCAAUAAGAACUUUAUGAUGAGACUGGUUCAACAAUAUCUGGACUCAAUCAUGGUCGACAACAAUUAUGACCAAUUUGUCAGCUCUUGAACGCCUAAUGCAGUGGUUGUUACCAAUUCUUCUAUUGCAGCGGUUUAUACAAUAAGUUUUAAUUAUGUACAAUUACAAUUAUAUGUAUUACUUAUUAUACAAAUGGAACGGUCAUUAAAGUUAUCCUAUAAUAUGUAUAUGAUCGAUUUCUUGGCUUGUAUCAGAAACGAAUAUAUAUUCCCCCACAUCAUCGAUAUUACCUAUAUUUUAUACUUUUGACUCUUUCUCCUUUUCUUCUUUUCUAAACUAUUUUGGAUAAAAAAAGCGCAUUAUUAUUAAUGUUCCACCUGACUAAAACUAUCGAAACAUCGUCCAUGUUCUCAUAUUAUAUAGGUAUAUUUUCGAUAGUAAUAACUUAAUUGUUUUCUUGAUUGUCUGUAAUAGCUCCUUCUUCCCUUGAACCGUAUUUUCGAUCAGAUUACCCGUUUAUACGAAUUUAUAUAUUAUUAUUGCUCUAUUCGUUUAUUAUUCUUGC